AUGGGAACUGUGGCCUCUGGACACACCCUCCCAGUUCCGCCACUGCAUCGCCGGUCGGACAGCAGCGACGAGGUGCACACCGACACGUCCUUGUCGCCUAUGGUGAACGCACCGCGCGCACUCGGUCGUGCGGCCACGAGCCGCGAGAAGCGUGGGGUGAACGCACCAGCAACGGCAGCUGCUGCUUCCUCGUCCAAGAGGGCGAGAGGGACAAAGACGGACGCCGAAGGAGCUGUUGCUGCGGCUGUUGCGGGUGUCGGUGACGACGCCGUUGACGACGAGAUGGAGGAGGAGGAGGGCGACAAGUCGAGCCGGAAGCACCGCAAGUACGAGCGCAAGACCAAGCGCUUUAUCUGGCCCGACGACCUCCAUCGACUCUUUGUGGCUGCAAUCUUUGACGUCGGUCUGAAAAAUGCGUCGCCAAAGUCUCUCCUUGCGCUCAUGGAAGCAGCCGGGCCGGACACGGGCCUCACGACGGAGCACCUCAAGUCGCAUCUGCAGAAAUAUCGGCUCAACUACGAGCGGUCUCGGAUGCAGUUUCUCGAGUAUUAUGAGCAAAGCGCCAAGCGCAACCUGAAGCGCCGGCGUCGUUGUCCGACGCAACACCACAGUCAUGGGGCAGGGAGUGAUGCCAAGGCGGCGACAUUUGUGUUCCCUAUCAGUAACUUGAAGCGCCGAAAGCAACGUGAAGGCUACAGUGACAGCAACGAGAGCGACUCGGAUCCUGGCGACAGCAAGUCCGAUGACAGCAGGCUGCAGGCGGAUGUAAAAGGUCAGGACACGUCAGAGAGAUUGUGUGCUUCGCCCAUAUCGAGUGGAGAAGCACAUCCGCGCAGUCUCAACUACUCGCAGCUCAUGCAAAGUGCACAGCAGCAGCCAGCGACCAAUUGCCUGCAGCCCCCUGUACCUAAUGGGCCUCUGGCGCACGCUGCGCCAACACUGGCAUCCACAAGUUUGGCUUCUGCAGCGCCUCGACGCCUGCCACCAAAUUAUGCUCGAGCCCAACUGAAGCAGCCUUCAGACCACGAUCCUGACUUGGUGGUAGCGACAGCCGCUGCAGGUGCAUACCGUUGUCCAUUAGGACAGCUACCGGGGUCUGUUGCUGGUGGAGUUGCCAGCAUGCCGGAGCUUACUGAUCCACAGUGGAACAUCCUCAGCUCGCUCAUGUCGCCACAGCUCGCGGGCAUGAGCGGAUUGUUAGGUGAGAACGGACCGUUUGCGCAAGUUGCGACGAGCGAAGCAAUGGCGCGUGGCGGCAAUAGCGCAGACGCGUUUACACUCCAUGGCGGACCAACGGAUUUACAAGUGCAGAUGCACCUCGCCAUGCAGGCUCAAAUGAAUCUCCACCGUCAAAUGCUUACGCGAAAAGUGGAAGUGGCGCAGCAUCUCGCUCGCCAUAGCACCAUGGGCGCAAUGGAUAGUAGCCCGGCAUCAAGCGAUCGAAGCCACCCGCAUGUUCAUCCCAGGAGCUACGGCGAAUCGUGGAACGGCACACAGCAGUUUCAGCACCAACCAUACCAGCACCAGCAGCAACACGACCACUAUCAUCAGCAAAUGAAUGUGAUACCUCAGCCACAUCCAUCCGCCUCGGUAUCAAAUACGCAACCACUCGUACCAGGAAGAAUUGCACAACCAGACACAAUUGUGGCAGCCGCGGUGACCAGUAAAGCGACGGAGAUUCCAACGCCGACGGGUAGCAACGUGUCUGCGGUGGGGGUUACUGACGCAGCGGGAAUGGCAACAGAGACGAAGGCUGGCGAUGACGGAAUCGAUCUGUACCGUUGGGAUCGUAUCGAUUUGAACGUGGCACUCGAUGACGAUGAUCUUUUCGGCUUUUUGAAGUCGUAA